UGAUUGAUUGAUUGGCGCCAAAGUUUAUAAGAAAAUAGUCUCAAUAUUCGUAUUUUUCUACGAAGUAAAGACGAUAGACAAAAGCAAGUAUACCAUGUGUGAAAAACUAUCACCUGCUCAAAUAUUCAAUAGCAAUUUAGUGCAAUCAUAUUUGAAUAAUAAAUCAACUUUUGCGGGAAAAAAUAUUUAAGUAGCAUUAAAAAAAUUGCAGCAUUUUACCAACGUUUUAGUAAAUUACUACCUUAGGUACCAACUCGUAUUUUCUUUAGCUUCCUUUGUUCUUGGGUUAAACGAACUUGGAAAAAAGGAAUAAAAAUUAUCUAUAAUAUAAACUGGCAGAUAUGAAAAGUAUAUCCGUCGAAACACAUCGUGUCUGCUUGAACAAGUGUCUCAGCUAUUUCAGGUUUUCGGGCAUCUGGAUAUCGGACUCGUCUACACCGUUGAGAAAAUUAAUAAGUUUAUUUUGCAGAUUAUUAAGUUUUUUCGUUUUGAUCUCCUAUAUUUUGACAUCAAUGGCCGAUCUUGUUGUUAAUUGUAAUGAUUUAGUUGUUAUUGUUGAUGACAGUUGUUUUAUUGCUGGCGCUGGUUCGGCAUUUUUUAAAAUAUGCACUGUUAUAUUUAAAUAUCAGAAAUUUGAAAAACUCAUCAGUGACAUUCAUGAUCCAGUUGAUGUACUUCGACAAUCAAAUGAUAAAGGAGUAAUGAAGAUAAUAAAAAGAUGUGCAUUUUUUGAAACACUUGACUACUAUUUGUGGUCAAACGCAACAUUCGUACUUGGAUUCGCAACAAUAUUUUUAGUAACAUCUCAAAAAGGUGAAUUACCGAGCAGAGCAAUAUUUCCAUUCGACAUAACCAGACCUUCGAUGUACGCAGUAGCACUUUCUAUUCAAAUUUACACAGUAAUUUACGGUCUAAUUAGUUUGAUGGCCAUUGAAAUAACAAUGUGGGGCCUACUGAGAUGGACUACAGUUCAAAUUCAAGUUUUGUCUUGCAAUUAUAAAAAUUGCGACAGAAAUUUAUCGAGACGUCCACGUGUUUCAUCUCAAAGCCAAUUUGACGACAUCCAAAAAUUCAAUUUGUCUGAAAUAGAUGACGAGGAAAUGGAAAUAAAAAAUUUUUUACUGUUUGAAAAUGAUAAAAAUAAUCGUCAAGUUGACAUCAAUUGUUUUCAAUGGAGACUUCGGUACUGCAUAAAACAUCAUCAGAGAAUUGUUGAAAUCGUUAAUCAUCUUAACGAUACUCUGAGCACUUGUCUUAUGGUACAACUUGCUGUCAGUACAAUGAUAUUUUGUUUGAAUGGUUUUCUUGCAGUCACGUUUCCUCAUGAUAAAAAAAGAUUGAUGAGGUCGAUUUUUUUCCUUCUAGUAGGGUUUAUACAAAUUUUUUACUGGUGUCGCUUUGGUAAUGAACUUAAAUUUCAGGCAGACUAUCUGACGACAAGUCAGUGGAUGAGUGGCUGGGAGAGUAAUUUUAACCGUAAUUUAAAAAAUUACCUUACAACUGCCAUGAUAAGAACAAUGAAACCUGUGGAAAUAAGAGCCGGGGGUCUUUUUAUUUUAUCUAUGGAGACUUUUAUUUCGGUAAAUAAUUAUUUAGAUAAAUAAAUUAAAUAUUUAUUUACUGAAAAAUAUUUGUCAGAUAAAGAUAUGUAAUUUUUUAUAUAUAGAUUUUAAAGAAUUCGUAUUCUGUAUUUGUACUAUUAACUACUGUCGACGAAUAAUUAGUUAAUUAUGUUAAUUAAUUAUUUUAUUGGAGAAAGUAGUCAUACAGGACUGAUGUAGAUAUUGUUACAAUCACAAUGUAAUUAAUUUUUUACAUUGUUUUUUUUUUUAAAUAUGACAUACUCACUUUGUUACAGCAAACCAAUAAAUUACAAAAAUCAAAUUAAUAUUUAUGCCUGUAAAUAAUUGUAGAAAAAAAUAUAAAUUAGUAAAUCG